AUGCCAACAUCUCUGAGAACUCUGUCUUUUAUCCAAGUUCUGGCAUGUGUGAUGAUGAAGAGCAGAGCUGAACGUGUCAUUACUGGAACAGAAGGAGGCAAAGUGGAGAUCGACUGUAAAUAUUCAGAUGAAUACAAAUAUACAACCAUGUACUUCUGUCAAGACCCAUGUGGAUACUCUGACGUUUUAAUUCAAUCUGAGAAGGCUUUUAAUUUAUUCUCUAAGGGAAGAUACACGGCAAUAAACACUGUAUAUGCACGCAGCUUCUCUGUAACCAUCAGAAACCUCACAUUAAGAGACACUGGAGUUUAUUACUGUGGAAUAGAGAAAUGGGGAAAAGACAAGUUAAUUAAAGUAAAGGUCAUUGUCACUAAAGCUCCUGCUUCUGAGCUGCCCAGCGCCACUAUAGUAAAUGUAAUAACUACAGGAACUGAACAUCCAUCAGAACUUCUGACUGUUGUUCAUGUAGGUGUUUUUGGACUGUUGCUGUGCUGUGCUUUUGUGACUGCUGUGGUUUUCUACAGGAAAUGCUUCAACAUCUCUAAAUCUUUUAUAUCAACUACUUCUGAAAUCCAAAUGUCACAUCAGACACCUAAUCAGGAAAUUAAUGAUGAGAUUUGGGCUGUACAUAAUUUGCCUGAGAACGUUUGUACAGUUGUUACAUAUCACUGA